CGCCUCCGUCUCCGCCUCCGGGCGCGACCUGGGGGCGAGUCGCGAGCUUGGUCUCACUCGCAGGCAGCGCCCGGGCCACGCGGCAGCGGCAGGAUGAGUGCAGGCUCCGACCCCGUGGUGAUUGUCUCGGCAGCGCGCACCGCCAUCGGUUCCUUUAAUGGUGCCCUGUCUACAGUUCGUGUCCAUGACCUGGGCUCAACGGUCAUCAAAGAAGUCCUGAAGAGGGCCAGUGUGGCCCCAGAAGAGGUGUCUGAGGUCAUAUUUGGACAUGUGUUGGCAGCAGGAUGCGGGCAGAAUCCCACUCGACAAGCCAGCGUGGGUGCAGGGAUCCCCUAUACUGUUCCAGCGUGGAGCUGCCAGAUGAUCUGUGGGUCAGGCCUGAAAGCUGUGUGCCUUGCAGCCCAGUCAGUAGGGACAGGAGACUCUAGCAUUGUGGUUGCAGGAGGCAUGGAAAGUAUGAGCCAGGCUCCUCACUUGGUUCACUUGAGAACAGGAAUAAAGAUGGGUGAGAAGUCACUAACUGAUAGUAUACUCUGUGAUGGUCUUACAGAUGCGUUUCACAACUAUCACAUGGGUGUGACAGCUGAAAAUGUAGCUAAAAAAUGGCAAGUGAGUAGAGAAGAUCAAGACAAGCUUGCAGUUGAGUCCCAGAAUAGGACAGAGAAUGCACAGAAAGCUGGCUAUUUUGACAAAGAGAUUGUACCAGUUUUUGUGUCUUCUAGAAAAGAGCCUACUGAAGUUAAAACUGAUGAGUUUCCUCACCAUGGGAGCAACAUAGAAGCUGUGUCCAAGCUGAAGCCCUGCUUUCUUACAGAUGGAACAGGAACAGUUACCCCAGCUAAUGCUUCAGGAAUAAAUGAUGGCGCUGCAGCUGUGGUUCUCAUGAAGAAGUCAGAAGCCAGUCACCGUGGGCUUACACCUCUAGCACGGAUCGUUUCCUGGUCACAAGUGGGUGUGGAUCCUUCCAUUAUGGGAAUAGGACCAAUUGCAGCAAUAAAGCAAGCUGUUGCUAAAGCAGGCUGGUCACUGGAGGAUGUUGAUGUAUUUGAAAUCAAUGAAGCCUUUGCAGUCCUCUCUGUUGCAAUAGCUAAAGAACUGGGCUUAAAUCCAGAGAAGGUCAACAUUCAAGGAGGGGCUAUAGCCUUGGGCCACCCUCUUGGAGCCUCUGGCUGUCGAAUUCUUGUUACCCUGUUACACACGAUGGAAAGAACUGGUGGGAACCGUGGUGUUGCUGCCCUAUGCAUUGGGGGUGGGAUGGGGAUAGCAAUGUGUGUUCAGAGAGGGUGAAAUUGUUCUAACAAUCGUGCUUGAACUAACCUUGAACCUCAUCUCCUUUCAACUGUACUAAUAAUAUGUGAAAUGUAUGAAAACGGGACCAAACAGAAGAUGGAAACCGUCCACUUCACAAGCUUGAAUGCUUGUACUUUAAUGUGUAUACUCAAGGUACAAGACAAUUUACAUUUAACAUUGUUAUAAAUAAAAGAGAAAUCACAUCAGUCA